GCUUGCGCCCCUCGGGCAGUUUUAGUGCGAAGGAGAAAAAAAAUGAAGUCGGCCAUGUUGGCGUAGCACCUCCGAGAGGAAAGGGGGAGAGCCGAGAAGAAAGAACAGAGUGCGAGAAGAGGGAGCGAGGAGUGAGCCCGGGAGCCGCGAUCCGUAAUCCACUUCCAUCCGCCGUCGCAGGAGCCGCACCGACCCGGGAGACGCCAUGAGCGGGGGGACCCCUUACAUCGGCAGCAAGAUCAGCCUCAUCUCGAAGGCCGAGAUCCGCUACGAGGGGAUCUUGUACACGAUCGACACCGAGAACUCCACCGUCGCGCUCGCCAAAGUGCGUUCCUUUGGCACUGAAGAUCGCCCCACUGACAGGCCGAUACCGCCGCGUGAUGAAGUGUUCGAGUACAUCAUCUUCCGGGGGAGCGAUAUCAAAGACCUCACUGUCUGUGAGCCCCCGAAACCCCAGUGCUCUCUUCCUCAGGACCCGGCUAUCGUUCAGUCAUCCCUGGGGUCCUCACCUGCUGCAUCAUUCCAGUCUGUGGCGUCAUACGGGUUCAGCAGGGGCCCCGUCUCGGCGUACAGCCAGUUCAGUCCCAGCCCCCUGGUGGGACAGCAGUUUGGUGCUGUAGGAGUAGGGCGCUCUUUGACAUCCUCUGGUACAGACACAAGCACCCCUGCACCCCUCUCCCAGAGCAAUACAAUUGGUUCUGCUUUUUCCCCUGAAACAAGCUUACUGAAAACACAGUUGCAUCGAGGCCGCUCAAGCCCCCAGCUGGACCCCCUGCGGAAGAGCCCCACCCUCGAGCAGGCGGUCCAGACUGCCCCAGCAGCUGCCCCUGUACCUGUGGGCCGCAGGAGCCCAGCUGCCCGGCCGACUCCUGCCGGCACACAGAAGCCAGGAGAGAGCCAGGAGCAGCGGAGGAGUACAGAUGCACAAAAAUUACCAAGACCUGAUGCAGAGCAAGUCAGGAAUGAGAACAGGGAUCCUGCCAAGCGGCAAUCAGCGCCACCCCCAGCUCGGCGGGGGCGUGGGGGUCAUCGUGGCAGGGGGCGCUUUGGGGUCCGGAGGGACGGCCCCAUGAAGUUUGAGAAAGACUUUGACUUUGAGAGUGCCAACGCCCAGUUCAACAAGGAAGAGAUUGACCGCGAAUUCCAGAAUAAGCUGAAGCUUAAAGAUGACAAGCCUGACAAGCCAGAGAAAGCUGUAAAUGGGGAAGAUAAAGGAGACUCCGGGGUUGAGACCCAGAACAGCGAAGGGAAUGCCGAUGAAGAGGAUCCCCUGGGGCCUAAUUGCUACUAUGACAAAUCCAAAUCUUUCUUUGACAACAUCUCCUGCGAUGACUCCAGGAAAGCAGCGGAAAAAUCCGGGGUUUCAGCAUUCCCAAGGGAGCGGAGGCAGACCUGGGCGGAGGAAAGGCGGAUGAACGCGGAGACCUUCGGCAUCCCGCUGCGCCACGGCCGCGGCCGCGGGGGCUUCCGAGGGCGGGGGGCCAUGGGCUUCCGCGGCGGCCGGGGGCGGGGCGGGGGCCGGGGAGCCUUUGGGACCCCCCGCGGAGGAGGCGGCGGGAGCAGCGGCUUCCGAGGGGGAUUCAGAGGAGGGCGGGGCGGCAGAGAGUUCUCAGAGUUCGAAUACAGGAAGGACAACAAAGUUGCUGCAUAGUACAUCGGGAAGAUGGAUCCAAACUGAAUUGUAGCUCUUCAUGGUCCAGAAAAUUUAGGUUUAAACUUCUGACUAAAGAAUGAAGAAAUGUACUUGCUGUAUAUUUGUCACCAGCACUGGGGUAGACUGCUUGACUUCAAAGGGUGUAAUGUAGUUUUCUUAAUCCCUUUCCUUUUUUAGAAGAAAAGAGGUAUAAAGCAAUCUUUGAAAUGUUAAGCUAUGUAUGAAAUAUCAGCAGAAGGAAGAGAACAUGUAUGUAAAAAUUACCAUACAUCAGUGGAAUUAUUCAGUAUUUUUGCAUCAAUAUUGAGGUUUUUUUCUUACUAAAAUUGUAUUUGAUAACGUUCUGUUAGGUGUAAAGAAAUGUAUGCAGAAGCCCGCUGAUACUGUGAUGAGAGUACUUUGAUCACUGAAAUAGCUUUAUUUUUUGGAUAUAUCCUGUAAUGUACCUUAGGAGCACCAAAUUCCUGUAAAUAGCCAGUUGGGUUCCAGUUAUAGCUUUCUACAGUUUUCUUUUUCUACUACACAUCUUUAUACCCUGUUUAAUCACAACUUAAACUGCCUGCUGUCUUUUGCUGAGUAUCGUUGUUUGAAAUACUUUGCAGUUCUGUUUAUGGGUAUAUCAGUCCAGUGUGCUUUACACAUGGACAUGGUGUAGAAGUAGUAGUGAGUUUAUCUUAACAGUAUGUAAGUGCAAGACAAACUUAACCACUUGUUUUCUGGAUUGGUAUUGUUCUUGGUUUAGUUUGUCCCUGCUAAGGCUCAUUCACAAUGGAAGAUCAGCUCAGAUUCAGUGCUUUCUCUCAGAAGCCUUUGGAAACUGUAUUUUACUUAAUUUCAAAGCCAAUUCAGAUCUUCACAUGCGUAGUAGGAAUGCUGAAUGUAUUUUCUUAACUGAGUGUGUAGUUUUGGAAUUUAGUUUUUUUCUGGAGACCAUAUCUUGUGUCCGUCCUCUUGAAUAUGUAAAAGUACAUCCCAUUAAACUGUUAAAGGGAUUCUAAUUUUUAAGCCAUGGAGUCAUAAAGUAUAUAUCGCUUUGAAAGCUCAAGGUUUUCAAUGAGAUCUGUUGAUUUUAUUAAAAUUUGAAUACCAGUUCUGGUUUGUUUUCUCAUAAGAUGACUUAUUUGAAUAUUUGAUACUUCGUAUUGUUGCCUUGUGUGUGUUUUUUAAAUAGUUAAAAUGCUGGUAGGAAGUUGAGUAGAUUUAGAACUGUAAAUGAUUAAACAACCAGGAUAUCUCAGUAGGUACAUAAUGCUAAUCCAGUGGAACGCCUAAAAAUGGAUAUUGUGGAUCAGUUUCACAGUUACAGAUCUGGAUGGGUAUUUUGCUUUGAGUACAGACUCAGUAGGGUGCGGCUUUACUGCCUUGUUUUGGAUAGUACUUUAGGGAAACCUACUUUUUCCCCAAAGACAUAAGGAGAAGGAUUAGAUUGAGGUAACUUGGCUCACUGUAGUUGGGGGACUUGGCAUUUUUGUGGUUGUUGCUCUAAUUGGCUAAUCGGCUCUGAAAAAAGUUUUUCAUGAAUUAAUUAAUACAUGCAUUCAUAAUUGCUUUGCAUUGAGUUUGUUUAAAUCUGGCUUUUUUUUACAAAAUGGCAAAAAUGUUUAUUUGCACUUUAUGAGCGUUGUGUUAAUAAGUUUAAAAAUUCUUGCCUGCAUGAUUGCUGAAUUCACAACUAGGGUUAGUUCAGUAUGUUGUGGAUAUCGGCAGCCUUGUCUCCUAUAGUGGUAUUCCUUGUGAAUGGGCCUUUUGAGCUGCAGUGAAAUAUGUAAGGUUUUUGGCUGUUCUCCCUACAUUCUAAUGUAGCAAGUAUGGGUAGAUAUGAGGUGAACAUAUAUCACAUAAAUACAGCCAGACUUGUGCACUUACACCUACAUGCAAAGCAGCCUCUGUGGAACAUAACAGGAUUUUCCCCAAAUAAGGAUAGUUCAGAUGGCUCUGUAAAUAAGGGUCUUUUAACUUGAAGCAACUUUACUUUGUAGGAAUCUUGAUGGGAUCAGAACAUACUGCAUAAGAUUAAAUAUUCCUUCUGCCGUGAUUCAUAAAAUGAUGAAGCCUUAUAGUGAUCUUGUCCUUGUUUCAGUUUUACAUUCUGUAGAUGUGCUACUCAGUUACCUUUGCUUUUUAUCGGAAAGUCCCCCUUCUGCCUGGAGGUGCCCAUUUAAAUACUCCUGACUAAACAAAUCAAGCACUGUUUUCUGAGCUACCCAACAAGGGAAGUGCUGUGUCCAGUAACUGAUACAUUUUGACAUGAUUAAGUAUUUUUAAUAUGGUUUUGUUGUUUACAAAGACCGUUGGAAUAAAGGGAUCCAAAGAUAAAGUUUUAUUAAUCUUGCUUUCACAUGUCCUCAAAGUUGGCUCGGUAUUGGGGCAAAAGUAUUGUGGUUGGCUGCUCAUCUAAAAAUGGAUUAAUGACUAAAAUUAGUUGACAGAUCUUUAUUUAAAAGCACUACAAGAAAACCUUCUGUAGGUGAGAAAAAGUAGGGCAGCUAGUACACGUCCAGUAGUUUAUUAAAAUGUGCAGUUUGAUUGGAGAUUUUAGUGAACACCAAACACUGCAUGAUAACUAUGCCUUGUGAGAAGCCACAAUCAUGACACUGAACAGCUUGAGAGGCUUUUCUAGAGAAGAGGCAGUUCCUGUAUUUUGUUGCAAUAACUGUAUGUUACUGAAAAGUCCCAUGCUAGUACAAGAUUAAAACUGUACAUAAUACCAAAAUGCUGUAUGCUACGAAGGUUUAAUUAAGUUACUCCUUCUAACCUCGGGGGAAAAUAGCCAGAUGUUUUGGUGUUCAAAACUCAAGCAAUUUAAUGGCAUGGUGUACUUUCAAUGUGCCUCACUGAGGGUGUGAGGUUUUUAUUCAAAGCAAAGAAUAAACAGUUGUUCAAUAUA